ACAGAGCUCUAUGUUGCCACCGUGCUUGGGUUACGAUAGCAGCAAUAAUGUGUAUCGAUUCAACGUUGCUGUCAACGGGACAACGGCGGAUAUUGAAAAAUUGACAGCUUCUUCGAAUAUCGAAUGGCAGAAAGUCUUACCCGCUGUCAACGUGCCUGUUUCAGGGCAAUGCUAUUUCGAUGCGCAUUCAUACACCUUCGGCAUUGUAGCGGAAUUGACACCUUCUAGUGAUGGAGCUGCCUCGGCCCUGAACGGAGUGUUUUACCGACCUACACAAAAUCCUGCAAACGUCUCCGAAGUCGUUUAUCUUCCAGCUAGUAAUCCCGCUACGCUAUCUUAUCAAAAUAACACCAAUUACUUCACCUCAGUGGAUGCUGGUUCAAACACACAAUGUGUAUUUUCAUUUGAACCUUUGAAGAGUACAAUGGCUUACACUUGUUUCAACCAAACCGAAGAUGUAGCCUCCACCACGAGCACCCACAAAUGGUUGACAUUUACGCUGCCGACAAGUACCAGCUCGUCAGGAUUGCGCAACGCUGCCAAACGGCAAGCUGUUCCCGUUGCUGCUGCUGCCUCCACCACCACCAUUAAUGGUGCAGCUAAUGGUGGUGCAGCUGUAGCAAGUACCGAGACACCCAGUCCUACAACAUUGGCGGCUUCGAGUUCGACUUCACAAAUGUCUCAGGAACAACCCACAAGUAAUCCUUUAGCAGCCGCCAACUGCGGAUCACAAUGCCAGCUAAACGGGGUGCUAGUGGCGACAAAUUCACAUGUACUCUUGAUUGGAUGGCCUAAUUCUCAAACGGUUUACUACGGAAAUGUGGACGAUGCGGUAUCAGACGCUACGAAUACGGCUGGAGGUUUAAAAUUUAAUCUAUCGCCAAGUAACAUUUCCUCACCUUUCAGUCCAGGAACAGCUACCGCCAUUUCGGAUGAUACUUUUGCAUAUCUGUCUUAUGGCAGUAAUCCAAAGCUAUCAUUUUAUAGUACAUCCAAAGAAGGAUCGAUCAGCACAGCGUCUUCUUCAUUCAAUCUAACGUCAAGUGGUUCGAAUGUGAGCAGCGCAAAUAUGCUUCUAAUUAAACGGUCUACCUCAAACUCGAGCUCUGUCUUUAAGCGCGAUGAGCCUUCCUCUUCCUGGCUACUGGCAUCCACAAUGGGUGCAUCUGGUAGCUUGUCUGUAGUAGCAACUAACCCACAGAGCCCAUCUACUGUAUCUACUUUGAACAGUGGUGAUCCUAUACCUGCAUGGGUUGGCUCUCCAGUAAAUUCACCUCCAGUAGCAUCAUCAACAGGUUCAUCAACGAACAUUGGCGCCGUAGUCGGAGGUGUCAUUGGUGGUGUUGCCUUUGUCGUGAUAUGCAUCGCAUUGUUGAUCUUCUACCGCCGCCGGGCCCGUCAUGAAAAGUUCAGUAAAGGGUCUUCGAAGUCCAGAGGCAUUCAAAAUGAACAAUACAGUGACUAUAUCGACGAGCGUCCCGGUGUUCAUAAUAAUUCCCCUAUUAGCAUGAUGAAAAUUACUCCACCUAGGCUUACGAAUGGCAGGUACCGGCAAGAUACUUUGGAAUCCAUCAUGUCUCCCGUACAAAAUACCUUCUCCCCUGUUGUAUCGCAGUCUCACUCCAAUACAAUUUUGCCAGACGUUACCCAAAACUACUUACAAAACUCGAACAUCAAUAUACAUGAAUAUACCGGCGCUGACAAAAAUGACCUACAAAUAGAUCUGAAAGGUGGUACUCAUGUGCUAGGUGACAAGUAUGCUUUGACAAGCGAGCCAGCAACGAAGAUUACAACAUACUACACGAUACGAACAGCCAACAAGUUACCUGACAAGAUGGAUCAAGUGUCUCUUCAUUUCUUCAAGGAACCAGCCCUCGGUCUUCAGGUGGCUCAAAUCGGGUUUGCUACUGAGCUCGCUGGAAGCACGAUCAUCAACCAUAGCGAAUCAUACAAAUUAACUGGAGGAAAUGGCUAUGCAGCGUUAUCGGUUACGGAUGCUUGUUCACCAACCAAGUCACUUUAUCGUCUCAUACACCCUGCGGCUGGCGAUUUGACUCUCGCCGACACCACUGAUCAAUAUUUCCAAUUCCUAACCAUCAAGUCAUUGCUGCAGGCAUUGGAAGUGCUGCAAAGACACAAGUUAGCUCAUACUAGCCUGUCAACGAAUGCGUUUUUCCAUAUCGGUGGUUGCGUGACGGAAUGGAAGCUCGGAAAGCUGGAAGAGUGUAGAGUCUUCGGUGACUAUGUUGGCGAUUGCGAUGUUUCGGAAACCACUCCACCAGAGAUAUUGAACGGCAUUGUGUCUCAUAUUUCCGCAGAAAGCAACCUCUGGUCUCUUGGUGUUGUCAUUUAUGAAAUCAUCACAGGAAAACCGUUGUUCAAAUCUGUCAAUGAUGCCACACAGUUUGCGAAAGCAGGCGCACCAGUCCAUCUGCAUGCAAUCACCAACAGCAAAUCUCAAAUGCUACUGUCUUGCAUGCUUCAAACACAACCAACCCAGCGAAGUAAGGUCGAGGAUCUCCUCUUCAUUUGGGAUGAAGAUGGUGCUGGUCGGGUGGAUUAUGCUGAUGAUGAUGACCUUGAUAGCAUAGAGGGAUACUAGCUUUGCAUAUAUUAUACAUUUCCUCCAUACUAAAACUGUGAAGGCAGCUUUUCCAACUGUAAAAAGUCCACGUAUGCAAAAAAUGCGGCAGUUUAUGGUAUAAUUGUUGUGCAUGCUACAUUAAGGUGGAAAUAUAAAAUGAUGGAUGCUGAGAGAGUUCAAAAAUGAAAAUACUAUACAGUGUUCGAUGAUCAUAAUGUACACAUUAUUUGUCUAUGUUGGGGGUUUCCAUGGAGGUUUCGUCGCGAGGCAUGACAAUACCCAUACGGUUCAUGAUAUUUCCAAUGGGUCCGGGCAGACCUUCCUGGCUCUUGAAACUUUCCAGCAUAUUUUUCACGAGAUUGAGUUCAAUAUCAACGGGUGCAUCUUCAUCUUCUUCCAUUUCAUCCUCAGAAGCUGCUUCAUCUCCUUCGCCAGUGGAAGGCUGGAAUCUGACUGAUUUGUGGAAGGACGCAUUGAUCUUCUUAUGACCCCG